GAAAAAAAUGAACACAAGGAAGAAGUUCACAGCGUUUCACCACCUUUGUUGCUUCGUACUGAUUGUUUACUGUGUGUCGGAUCUACAACAACUGUUCAUUUUCGGUUGUUUUGAGGGAUCCAGGGUGCUUAUUUGUAAAGAAAAGUUAUUCUAGGAUGUGGGACACAGUGCAGGCUUUAAAUGUGUAAAUGCAUGGACUGUGAUUAGUUCUUGUUGUUAAAAAGUGAAAGUGGAUUCAUCAUCAUCAUCAUCAUCAUCUCCAUGGAUUAUAUAAAUCCCCUAGAGCAGAAUAAGAGACAGCGGGAUCAAGAACACAGCCAAUGGGAAAGCCAGGCGAAAAGAACAUGCACCGAAUUGGUAAGAUGCAUCGAGGUCAAAUGUGAUGUUAUGAUGGACAGUCAAAUGGACCCAUGGGACACUCAACAAGUUGGCCAUCAAAACGGCGCCAGUCCAAAUCACCGCAUCACUGCUAUGGUUCUUGGCACAACUCAGCAGCCAUGUCCCAGGUGUAUGGCUGGAGAACCGGGCCAUAUAAAUCAUAUCAUGCAGAGGUAUUGAUCAUGAGGUCAGACAGGUCCUGGAGAAGAUGAAUAAGGAAGCAGACUGCACGGAUCUCUGGGAGUCAAGGAGCAGCCUGCACUUUGGCCAGUUCAUAUCACAACACGUUUUGUGCCUUAUUUAUCAUCGCAAGUACUCGACUUCUCCGUUCUAAUGUAGCCUGUGUGUGUUUUUAUUUCUAUUUAAUAUACCAGCACUGAUUUAAUGGAAGGGCAUGCCACAGGUAAUUUACUAGUCAUUUCAGGUUAUCACAUUCAAUACGAGUGCUAAUUUAGAUACUACAGUGUAGUAUGCAGGGCAUUUAAUGAUGAUUUAUAGCUGCAUUUCUUGUCAUUUGUGUAUUUAGUGUAGACUAAAUGAGUUCACGUUAUUUCUAUGUCUAAGGGAUUGUGUAGAAUCAAAAGUUUAGAAGGGAAUGUUUUAAUCAAAUCCGUAAUAGUCUUCUUGUUUUUAUUAACUGCAUUAGGUUAGAUAUAAUGCAUAAAAUCAUACUUUUUUCUAUUCUAGAAAUUGUAAAAUCUGGCCAGUUGUUAAAAAUUGCACUGAAAUAUUUUCUGUUAUUAUAAAGGCUUUGGUUCUUUGUAGAAUUUAAUAACAAAAUGUAUAGUUUUGUUUAUUUUUUUCUGUUUCCAUGCUGUUGUCUGAAUAAUUCAUUGUGAACAUAAAGCGGGGAAAAAAAA